AUGUCAACAGGCCAGCGAGGUGUCUUUUCGUGGGGGGACGAGCGCCCUUUACCUGCCUCGGGAGAUAGAGACAGCCUCAGUCCCAGUCUCAUGCAGCUCGUCGCUGGUGGGAAUCACACUUUGAUUCGACUGUCCUGUGGUAGAGUGUACGCGGCUGGCUCGAAUAUGCAUGGUGAGUGUGCCACGCACGCUUCAACCCAUAAUCUCCUUAGCUUUCAGCGUGUCAUUAUCGCCGAGCCGCUUGCCGAUGACACUCUUGCCCGCCGCGAGACCUCCGCCUUCUCCAAUGUCUCUGCAACAUGGUCUGCGUCAUUUUUUGUAGAUAUCAACAGAGACUCUAUAUUUGUUGCCGGACACGGGUCAAAGGGCGAACUCGGUCUAGGGCCAGACGUCUCUGAGAGAGCGGUACCAACAAAGAUACCUAAUUUCCCACCAGAUGGUAGACAUAUUAUCUCCAUUACCAGCGGCAUGGGCCACACCGUAGUCCUCUUAGAUGAUGGCACGAUAUACGGCUGGGGAGCAGCGAGAAAAGGUCAGCUGGGAGCCGACAAGGUUAGUCAAAAGGUCGUUUGGUCGCCACAAAGGAUAAUGGUGGGUGGUAAUCCGCCCGGCCCUAUUCGAGGGAUCAGCUGUGGUAGAGAAUUUACCGUACUGACCACCGCCUCUUCGGCAUUUGCACCUUCCUCCGGCACUUCAUCAGAGCCACUUUACAUUCUUGGCCCAGAUAAAUGGGCCAUAUCAUCUGCUGCUCCUUCCAUGAUAGCUCCAUACAACUCACUAACUGCUAGCUGGCAUGGCGUCUAUGUACAUCUCUGUGAUGGCAAGAUACUGGCUUGGGGUCGUAAUGAUAGAGGUCAGUUGCCGACCGCCACGAUGCCAGCCCUAGCUUACCUUGCCGUUGGGAGCGAGCACGUUGUUGGCGCAAUCGAUCAUAGGACACUUAUUGCAUUUGGAUGGGGUGAGCAUGGCAACUGUGGCCCGAAAACAGAUAAGCAAGGCAACGUGGCCGGCCAUUGGAAUGAAAUCCAACUACCGAUAGAUAACAGUAGCAUCGAGGCUGUCGGUGCUGGGUGUGCUACAAGCUGGGUUUUGAUAUCCGAACCUGAAGUUAGAUAG